CUCCUCGGCGACGGCGGCUUCCGCCUCUCGUCGCUGCGCCCCCGCAGGAAACGGAAGAAGGCGCAAGCCAUGGAGGGGAACCGGGAUGAGGCGGAGAAAUGUGUCGAGAUCGCCCGGGAGGCCCUGAACGCCGGCAAUCGCGAGAAGGCCCAGCGCUUCCUGCAGAAGGCCGAGAAGCUCUACCCACUGCCCUCGGCCCGCGCACUAUUGGAAAUAAUUAUGAAAAAUGGAAGCACUGCUGGAAAUAGCCCUCAUUGCCGAAAACCGUCAGGUAGUAGUGAUCAAAGCAAGCCUAAUUGCACAAAGGACAGCUACUCUGGUAGUGGUGAAAGUGGAAAAGGCUACACCAAAGACCAAGUAGAUGGAGUUCUCAGCAUAAACAAAUGUAAAAAUUACUAUGAAGUACUUGGAGUUACCAAAGAUGCUGGUGAUGAAGAUUUGAAAAAAGCUUAUAGAAAGCUUGCUUUGAAGUUUCAUCCAGACAAAAACCAUGCACCUGGAGCAACAGAUGCUUUUAAAAAGAUUGGAAAUGCUUACGCGGUUUUAAGCAAUCCAGAAAAACGAAAGCAGUAUGACCUCACAGGCAAUGAAGAACAAGCAUGUAAUCAGCAGAACAAUGGUAGAUUUAAUUUCCAUAGAGGUUGUGAAGCUGAUAUAACUCCAGAAGACUUGUUUAAUAUAUUCUUUGGUGGUGGAUUUCCUUCAGGUAGUGUACAUUCAUUUUCAAAUGGACGAGCUGGCUAUAGCAGUCAACAUCAGCACCAACAUAGUGGACAUGAAAGAGAAGAAGAAAGAGGAGAUGGAGGUUUUUCUGUGUUUAUCCAGCUGAUGCCCAUUAUUGUAUUGAUCCUCGUGUCAUUAUUAAGCCAAUUGAUGGUCUCUAAUCCUCCUUAUUCCCUAUAUCCCAGAUCUGGAUCAGGGCAAACGAUUAAAAUGCAGACAGAAAACUUGGGUGUCGUUUAUUAUGUCAACAAAGACUUUAAAAAUGAAUAUAAAGGAAUGUUAUUACAAAAGGUAGAAAAGAGUGUGGAAGAAGAUUAUGUGACUAAUAUUCGAAAUAAUUGCUGGAAAGAAAGACAACAAAAAACAGAUAUGCAGUAUGCAGCAAAAGUAUACCAUGAUGAACGACUCCGAAGGAAGGCAGAUGCCUUGAGCAUGGACAACUGUAAAGAAUUGGAGCGGCUGACCAGUAUUUAUAAAGGAGGAUGAACUGGAAUUUUAUUUAUACCUUUUAGAGUACUCUCUAUUUUUUCUGUAAGUAAGUUUAGUUUCAUCGUGAGAGCUGAAGUAAAAGAUUUGAUGUUGAAAACUAAACUGAAUAGUUGGUCCCUGAAAUCUUGGACUGUUUAUGACCUACUGGCUCCUUUAAAUAGUAAGAAACUGAAAACUAAAAUUAAUAUUUUAGUUAUGCUUCUGCAAUUAUUUUCACUUGAAAAACUUAUAUGAUUCCUAACUUAAAAUGUCUUGAGAAAGGAUUAUCACACCUGUAGCAAUUUCUGGUUUUAGAUUCUCAAUUUUUUUCCCUUGUCAUGUAAAUAUUUAUGGAAUGAUCAUUUUCUGUAUAUAUAGGUUAUUGCCUUUUUAUUUAAAUUAUUUUGGUGUUUAGCUCCAUGAGACACUUUAGUUUAAAGUGAUGGAAUAAAUGUUUUAUGACGAAAUUACAUUUUCCUUGUCAGAUGUCCAGUGUGUGGAGGUUGCAAUGAAACUUUAUCAAAAAGAAGAGAAAAAACAAAAGUUGUUUAACUUUGUGUAAAAUCUUGUAGCAUUAUCAGCGUAGAGGGAAUCGAUAUUUUUAAUAUUGCCAUUAUAUUCUAAAUUAUAUAUUGAGAUAAAUGAACUGGUGUAAAGUGUCAGUUUGCUAUUUAUUUAGUUUUAUGAAUUGCUAAGCCAUGCAUAGAAAUGAAAUGCUAUACUGAUAGAUUUUAAAGAAAAUAUGAGGAAAUGGCUAUAUAAACAUUAACCAAAAAGGGUCUUCAACAGUAAAUUGCAGUUAUGUCAUUUGCAAUUCCAGUAACUAAAAGGCCCCCAAAUGUUCAUAUAUAUACAUCUUUGAAGGCUGCUAAAAUUUAUGAAGAAAAGGGCCUACCCGUUUUACCCUCCAUGGAAAUUUGCAGUUUCUUCUUAAUGAUCAGGAUCCUUAGUAAACAGGAUCCGAAACUAAAUGAGUUCUUAAUAUUGUCUAAGUAAUAGGAAAAAUUACUACUGAAAUGAAGCUUUGUGCCUUUUAACCUGAUUGCCAACUCGUAAACAUAUAGGUAGAUUAACAUGAGACUUACUUGAUCAGAGCAUGAUCUGUUUGGCCAUAUACAGCAGUGAGCAGAAACAGCAGUAGGUAGAAUAGUGAUUUAUAGCAAGUUAUCCUUACAAAAAUUUGAGCUAAAAUCUAUUCACCAUUGAGUAAUUCAAUUAAUCCUAUAGGAAUAAGCUCCUUAUAAUUAAAUCCAUAAUGUAAAUUGGAAAAAUCAGCUGGAAAUUGAAGUUUUUGGUGCCGGUAUGUUGGAUAUGAAACUAUUUGAUUUCUAGUCUUCUGUGUUUUUUUUCUUUCUUCUAUGUUUAACAGUUGUAUUUUAAUGAUUUUGCUUUCAUACUCAUUUAACAGAACAUGAGCACAUCUUUGGUUAGGUUUUUUUGUGUGUGAGAGAAUGCUAGUUAGAGUGCAGUGUUCUUUUAUUUAAAGAUUUUUUUCUGAAUGUAAUUUAUAUACCAUCUGUUGAAUAGAACUUCUGAAAUGACCAUUCUUUUUUAAAUGUUCUCUUGUAUCCCCUUUUCCAAGUAAAUCAAUAGAAAUGCUUGAUUGAAUUAGUUGUUUAACUAAACAGCAUACUAUCCUAGGAAAACUGGACAGCUUAACCAACUUUCUUUAGAAAUGCAACCUUAAAAA